UUUAGUUAUUGGUUUGAUCAAUUAUGUAGGCAACACACCGUACGAGGUGUAUUGUGUGUUGCCUGUCGAAUUUUUUUAAAUCAAUAAUUAAGUGUUCUCCAGUGUUUAAAUCGAAUAAAUUCGCAAUGCAAACGAGCGAAGACGGUGAAUAUAUCCCGUCGAAAGAGCUGGAAAAAAACUUUAAAAUACCAAAACGGAAAUUAAAUUUGGACGAGAGCGCCCCCGUGGUGGCUCAAGUAAUGGAAAACUCAUACUAUAACUACAUGGUGGAGCCCCAACCGCCUGUGAUAGCGCCCAUUGAGGUGGAGGCAGCUCGUAACCUAAUUUUGCAAUCCUUGCAAAAACGCGAAUGUGAACGGCCAAAAACGUACCAGAAUCAUGUUUUAAAAGAGACAAUUCCGGAUUGUUUUGAUGAGACGCUUCCGCGCGACUUAACCUCUCUUUUCCAACCGUUGUAUUGCAAAUUAUGCUCGGCCCAACUUAGCAGUAACCUUGUGGCCAAGUUACAUUACAAGUCGAAGAACCAUGAGAAAAAAAUUCGCAAAUUUUUGAUUGAUUAUUCGGAACGGACUGGGGAACCGUUGCAUAAGCGGGCCAAGGUGGCCCCAGGGGGCGAUUCGGAUGAUGGCAACCCCUUGUAUUACUACUGUGACGUGUGUGAUUUACCCCUUACGGGGAAAUUGCACGCAGAGUCUCAUUAUUUGGGAAAAAACCAUCGCAAGGUCACUUUGGGAAUGAAAGCGCCUUCGGCGAAGGGGAAAACACGCAAAAGUUGUAGUAGUGGUAACAGUGAUGGUUUUGGGGCCGAUUUUCACCCAGUGGAGUCCGUGGGGUUCCGGUGCGAGUUGUGCAAUAUUACAACGACGUGUCAGGAGCAGUUAGAGAGUCACUAUAACGGGCAGAAGCACCGCAAAAAGUUGAAACAACAAGCUAUGGAGGGGGUUCCAGUUGGGAGCCCCCAUGAUAGCAUUUUGACGAGUGUCUUAACGGCAGAUGCGGGAGAUUGUUCUGUUUAUAGGACCCCCUCAGGACAGUACUACUGUCAGACGUGUAAUUGCUCGAGUAAUUCCGAAGUUCAAUUCAAGCAGCAUUUACACAGCAAGAAUCAUUUGAAGAAGGCGAGUCAAAAGAAGGCGUAAAAGUUUUGUGUAUGUAUGAAA